AUGGUCAGAAUUUUUGAUUUUCAACAUGUUCAAUCCAACUCUAAACUUGAGAGUAUUGUUUAUAAUUUAAUGAAACAACGCAAUAGCGGUGAGAACGAACUCAAAAAGCUUGUACAUUCCACUCAACCUAUUAGUAUUACGAUUCAAGAAAAGUUACUAUCGUUGGAAGAUGUGCUGGAAAUGGUAUCUAUUUCGGAGUGGGUCAGAAUGUAUUCAAAAAUGUUUUUUAUGAACCUAGUGAAGCAAUGUUUCGACAUUUUGUUUCAGCUGGACAAAUUGAAUAUUCAACAUACUGAUAUUUCUCUUGGGAAUUUAAUGAUUCGAUUUGAUCACGAUAGGUGGAAACGAGCUAACAACAAUCAAGAAAAGUUGGCAUGCUUUACACUAGUUGUUAUUGAUUUCAAUUCCUCGUUGCUGUUGAGAGAGCGAGAUAGUAUUUCUACCUCUAACAAUAUGUUUCGAGAAGUGCUUCCAAAUCAAUCUGUUGAUUAUGUUUACAAGUAUCCAUAUUCUGAUCCUUGUUUUGAAAUGAAAGAAGUUGACAUUUAUUCCAUGGCUGUGGUCAUUGUGAAUUAUUUACAUCACAUUACAUACAGAAAAUCAUUGAAGUCGAAAAUGAAAGAACCUUUUGAGUCAUGUGAACAAUAUCGAACUGAAAUGAUAGAUUUUUUGAAUGAAUAUUACAAACGGAAUAAGCUGUUUGACCCAGAUUGUGGAAAACUUUUCGCAGUAUUGAAAUACAUGUUAGGAACAACAGAAGAAAGACAGUCGUUGGACAAGAUUAAAACCAUGCUUUCAAACAUGGAAUCCCUUGGUUUUAGUAACAAUACCUCCAUAAAUGUUGAACAGACAAGACAACCCUUAAGAAAUAUUUCAAAUCAAAAGAGCACCAGACAAGAUAGUGAUCGGGAACUCGAUGAUAAGAUAUUGAAAAAUCUUGCCGUUCCUCCACAAAUAGGUAAUAAGGAAAAUCAUUGUGAGCAAUAA